AGGUGUUACCUCCACCUCGGCCGAGGGCAGGCGCUACUCCGACAGGUGCUACCUAUCCACAUCUCCAUCUUUCUCCAUCCUCCCUCUCCCCCCGCUCCACACCCAUCUCCCCACCUUCCUCCGUACCUUCCCCAGCCCCCAGCCACCACCGGUCGUCGCCUCUCCCCUCCCCCGCCGCCCGGAUCAGGAACGAUCGCACCGUGCGGCCGCCUCCCGCCCCGCGCGCGGAUCAUCCUACCAUGCUGAGGCGCUGCGCCCCAUACCGACCCCGCAGGGCCGCCGCCGCCUCACCGCGCCUCCCGAUCCCCGGCGGCCACCCCUACCUCGCCGUCUUCUCCUUCCUCUUCAUCCCGACCUAAGCUCCACGCGUUCCGACAGGCCGGCCCUCGCCUGGCGUCCCUCUCGGCGCCGAGCUGCCUGCCUGCCUGGUGGAAUCGUCAGCCGCUCGAGUCGACGGGGCCGAUCGACCCCGCGAUGAGCGAGGAGGAGGCGCAGAGGUACGGCGGCGGGACCGGCGGCGGUGGCGUCGGGGCGCUGUCCGUGGAUCUGCUGGGCCAGGUUCUCGACCGCGUGCUGGAGCGGCGGGACCGCAAGGCUUGCCGCCUCGUCAGCCGCGCCUUCGCGCGCGCCGAGGCCGCGCACCGCCGGGCUCUGCGGGUGCUCCGCCGGGAGCCGCUCCCUCGCCUGCUCCGCGCCUUCCCUGCGCUCGAGCGGCUCGAUCUCUCGGCCUGCGCCUCGCUCGACGACGCGUCUCUUGCAGCCGCUUUGGCCGGCGCGGACCUCGGCACCGUCCGACAGGUCUGCCUGGCGCGGGCCAGCGGAGUGGGGUGGCGCGGGCUGGAAGCCCUGGUGGCCGCCUGCCCCAGGCUGGAGGCAGUCGACCUGUCGCACUGCGUCGGUGCUGGGGAUAGGGAGGCUGCCGCGCUGGCCGCGGCCUCCGGGCUGAGGGAGCUGAAUCUGGAAAAGUGCCUGGGCGUCACUGACAUGGGACUCGCCAAGGUAGCCGUGGGGUGCCCCAGACUGGAGAAUCUGAGCUUCAAGUGGUGCCGUGAAAUCUCUGACAUCGGUGUCGAUCUGCUUGUGAAGAAGUGCCGCGAGCUCCGCAGCCUUGACAUCUCCUACCUAAAGGUGAGCAAUGAGUCCCUCAGAUCAAUAUCGACACUUGAGAAGCUUGAGGAGUUGGCCAUGGUUGCUUGCUCAUGUAUAGACGAUGAAGGCCUGGAAUUGCUUAGCAGAGGAAGUAAUUCAUUGCAGAGUGUUGAUGUGUCAAGAUGUGAUCAUGUGACUUCCCAGGGGUUAGCUUCACUGAUAGAUGGUCACAGUUUUCUCCAGAAGCUAUAUGCCGCAGAUAGUUUGCAUGAGAUUGGACAGGAUUUUCUAUCCAAGUUAGUAACACUGAAGGCAACCUUGACCGUGUUGAGACUUGACGGCUUUGAAGUGUCAUCCUCUCUUCUUUCAGCGAUUGGUGAAGGUUGUACCAACUUGGUUGAGAUUGGACUAAGCAAAUGCAACGGUGUUACAGAUGAAGGCAUCUCUUCACUUGUAGCUUGCUGUAGCUACCUAAGGACAAUUGAUCUCACAUGCUGCAAUCUAGUCACAAACAAUUCCCUUGAUUCAAUAGCUGACAACUGUAAGAUGCUUGAAUGCCUCCGGUUGGAGUCCUGCUCUUCAAUAAACGAGAAAGGACUAGAGAGAAUUGCGAGCUGUUGCCCCAAUCUAAAGGAGAUAGAUCUCACUGAUUGUGGAGUGAAUGACGAAGCGUUGCAUCAUUUGGCGAAGUGCUCUGAACUGCUGAUAUUGAAAUUAGGCCUGAGCUCAAGUAUUUCGGACAAAGGCCUUGGUUUUAUUAGUUCAAAGUGUGGAAAGCUCGUUGAACUUGACCUCUAUCGUUCUAUCACCGAUGAUGGGCUGGCAGCCUUAGCCAACGGCUGCAAGAAAAUUAAGCUGCUGAACCUUUGUUACUGCAACAAGAUAACUGAUAGUGGUUUGAGCCACCUGGGUGCUCUGGAGGAGCUCACAAACCUUGAACUGAGAUGCCUGGUCCGCAUUACAGGCAUCGGAAUUUCUUCGGUUGUCAUUGGCUGUAAGAGCCUGGUAGAACUUGACUUGAAGCGCUGCUAUUCUGUCGAUGAUUCUGGCCUAUGGGCUCUUGCCCGAUAUGCUCUAAACCUUAGACAGCUUACCAUAUCAUACUGCCAAGUUACUGGCCUAGGCUUGUGCCACCUGCUUAGCUCCCUGAGGUGCCUCCAGGACGUGAAGAUGGUGCACCUCUCGUGGGUUUCCAUAGAAGGGUUCGAGAUGGCUCUGAGAGCCGCUUGUGGGAGGCUGAAGAAGCUGAAGAUACUCAGCGGUUUGAAGACCGUGCUAUCCCCUGAUCUGCUCCAGCUGCUGCAAGCCUGCGGCUGCCGCAUCAGAUGGGUCAACAAGCCUCUUGUUUACAAGGAUGCCAUCUGAUCUGAGCUGUACAUAUUCUUCACCCAAGUUUGUCAUGGCUGCCUAGCCAUGUUAGAAAAUCCACAAUAACUGCAUGCCUUGUCAAUGCCAUCCCCAACGUGUGGUCAAGAUUAUGUUUGUGUUUGAACACCAUCUCGGCGUUCAGUGAUGGUGAGUAAACAUGGCAUCUGCUGUCAAAUACAGUGUAUGGUAUGUACAGUGAAGCCCUUUUUUUGCGCAGCAGAGUUGUGCAGGUGGAGUUCUCUAUUUGAUAUGAACCUGAAAAGAUGCUGUAAAAGAAGGAACCUGAAGUAGUUGAUUUUGUAUAUUGUA